GUUCCCUGAUGAGUGGGGGAGUGCUUCAUGGAAAAACUGGGUCCUUCUAGUUUCUUGGGGCUUGCAUGUGCUGCAAAAGGUGAGACCCUACUGGACAGGUUGGUUUUUAUAUGCUGUUUUGAGGAUGACACCAAAAUACGAAAAACAGGAAUUUGUAACUGUCCUCGUACGGGACCCUAGGAUCCAGAAGGAAGAUUCUUGGCAUUCAUAUGUGGACUAUGAGAUAUUCAUUCAUACAAAUAGCAUGUGCUUUACAAGGAAAACAACUUGUGUUAGACGACGCUUUCGAGAAUUUGUAUGGCUUCGGCAGAAACUUCAGAAGAAUGCUGUGCUAAUCCAAUUACCUGAACUUCCAUCUAAAAGUCCCUUUUUUAAUAUGAAUAAUCCCCAUCAUGUGGACCAUCGUCGACAGGGUCUACAAGAAUUUCUUGAAAAGAUCCUACAAAAUGCAUUAUUGCUUUCGGACAGUAGACUUCACCUCUUCUUACAGACUCAGCUAAGUCCAGAAGAUAUCGAGGCGUGUGUAUCUGGACAGACAAAAUAUUCUGUUGCUGAUGCGAUUCAUAAGUUUGCCUCCUUGAAACGACGUUUUCCUAUUGAAGAUAAAGAGAGAAAAAGAGGGGAAAAUGAUGCAGAGUCUGAUUCAGAGAGUUCAUCCUCUGGGCUUGGACACAGUUGUGAUGACAGCAUUUCACAUGGAUGUAAAGCAAGCACAGUCCCUGAAGAAUCCUGAAAAAUCAUUUGUAUAUUGCCGUCUUAGGAACUGCAAAAUAAUGUCCCCUCUCAAUUUACCACAGCUUUGAAACAGUUUUUCUGUUUGUUGCUUUUUUAAACUGCACUGAUUUAUUUUUACAUGUUGCCUAUUACAUUUAGGGUUAUGCAGCCAUUCAAAUCUUGAUAAAAAUUGGGCUAGUGGUGCUCUUUUGCCAAGUAUGGCUGAUGAAAUAUUUCCCUUGGUGAUGAUGUAAUUUAGAUCUUAAAAAAUGAAGGUAUUUUACAUUAGUUUAAAAGUUGUGUAUCAAAUGAAAAUACACUUAAAGCAACUUUGUGUACUUUGUACUGGAGAAGUUUGACUCUAAACAGUUGUGUGACAUUGAUAAUGAAGUCAUAUAGACCACAGGGUAUUAACUUUUAAAAAUAGCGAGGUGACUUAAGAAAAACAAAAUCUGUACUAUUUGUUGCUUACAAUGGGAGAUAUAGACUAUCUUCCCACAGUCUUUCUUCAGUGUUUAUGGAAAACUUGCUCUUAUCAUUCCCAAGAGCCAGAGGACAACAUUUUCAAACAUAAGUGCCUAAAAGUUAGGCGCACAAAUAAAUGACAUGUUUUCCAGGGGUGCUGAAAACCGUCAGCUCUCAUGGAAAGUAGUGGGAGUUAAUGGUUGCUCCCUCCCUGUGAAAAUCAUGCAUAAAAUCCAGCCCCACUGAACUCAAUGGGAGUUUUGCACUGACAUUGAUGGAGCCAUCAUUUCACACUAAGUACUGUAUCUAACUUCAGAGACCCAUGUUUGAAAAUGUUAGCUAGUGUUCUAAAUUAACAUUUAAAAUGAAGUGAAGCUAUUUUUCCAAAAGGAUGAUCAUUACAUAGAUAUCAUACAUUGUUCGAAUAUGGAAUUCUAAGCUGUAGGCUACAAACUAGAAUUUUAGAGGUUUUAAUUUCACUUUUACUGUAGUCAGUACAUAGAAGUAUUGGCAUUUUUUUUUCCUUUUGGCAAAUGGCAGGCUUAAACACAACUUUUUAACCACAAACACAUUUGUUAUAAUCUACUUUGCUCUUUAUAGCAACAACUAUGAGUUGUCUUGUCUCAGAGCCUGUCAAUAGAAAUUGUUUCAAUGUUUAUUUAUAUUAUAUGUUUAACUCCUAUUAAAGAAAAAGCAGUAGGUCAAAUCCUGUUCACAUUGAAAGAAUAGCAAAACUCCCAUAGAUUUCAGUGCUGCAAUUUCAGGUUCAGUAUGGAUUGUCUCUUAUAUAGACACUAUGGCUAGUAUCUUUUAGCCUGUGAAUUACAAAAACAAUACAUUAUAAUUAGUCCAGCUAAUAAGUUAGUUUGGAUGUGUUUUUAAAGCAUCCAACUAGGAAUCUGUGAAGUUUUAGAAAGGUGUGUCUUAACAGCUUAAGACUAACGUACCAUCUCU